CCGCCAACCCAAAUACGUCAAACACGCCAAACACCUGUCAACUCGUCUGAAACCCUGCCAGCUCGAGCAGUCCUACGUGUUCUGCUCUUCUGCGAACACGCAAGCAAAACGGCGCACAAUGGAUCCACCAAAUCUCGGCGCGCUGCACCUCUCCGACUCCGACACAGACGGCGACGCGUUGUUCGACACCCCCGCAGCGCGCAAAACGAACAAGACAAAAGAUGUCGAAAGCGAUGCAGAAGGCGCCACCGGCUCCAGGCCACGCGCAAAAGAAUCUCAUUAUACUGCCGAAGAGGCGCGAGAGGAGGCCUUGCGCAGGGAGCUAGAGAGCAUACGAAACGUGAACAAAGUCAUUGAGGGUGUCAUUGAGAGCUUACAAAAGGCCAAAGACAACAUGGCUACCGUAGCCCGCACUGUGCAAAAUGCAUCCACCCUACUACAGACAUGGACCCGCAUCCUGUCGCAAACCGAACACAACCAGCGCCUUAUUCUGAACCCUCAAUGGCAAGGCGCGUCGCAAGAUCUAGUUGAUAUUGAAGAAGAGCAAACAUAUCGUCAACAGGCUGCACAACGUCGCGCAGCUGAAGAGCAGGCACGGAGAGAAGCAGCAGCGAGGAAGAUUGAAGAAGACCGUCAAAGGGCCGAAGCUGCAGCAAAACCAAGCACGCGGGGCAGGGGCAGAGGCCGACCGCGAGGUGCUUCGACAUCGUCUACAGGAAACUAUGUCGGAGUAGGCGGGCAGGGAGGACGAGGUAUCAGCCGCAGUGAUUCUACUAGGGGCAGAGCUGGCAGUGGCAUAGGGCGGGGACUUCGUGGGCGGGGACGAGGUCUGGGCUAAGCACGUAUCCCACCAAAUAGGAAAAAAAACUCAAAACAUCCAAUUGGACUUUUCUCUCCUUGGGUCUUUCUACCUCGACGUAUAGCGAC